GUCUACCCUUGUGUUUGGAAAUCAGGGUUGGAAACUUCAUCCACACUCCAUCAAGACUGAAGAUGGUGCUUCAGAUAGAGCCAAACAAACGAACAAUUGCCGAUGUCAAGGUGAUGACACAUAAUCUUAAGAUCAGCAGUGCCACGUCAGCAGUGCCACAUCGCAGUGCCACGUCACAGUGCCAGGUCACAGUGCCACGUCAGCAGUGCCACGUCACAGUGCCAGAUCAGCAGUGCCACGUCAGCAGUGCCAGGUCACAGUGCCACGUCAGCAGUGACGUCAGACACAGUGCCACGUCAGACACAGUGCCACAUAAGCAGUGCCACAUCAGCAGUGCCACGUCAGACACAGUGCCAUGGCAACUGCCCAACAAGUCCCUUGCCGCCUACAAGCAGCGGUUCCACGCUCAGAUUGAGGCUGAGGAACAACACCAGCUGGCAGCCGAGGCUGCCCGCGUACAGGCUGAAGAGGCAGCAGCAGCAGAGCAGCUGCAACUACAGGCCGACGCAGACGCAGAUGCCCAGGCUCGCCGAAAGGAAGCCCAGGAUCUGCUGCAGCGGCAUGAAGCCAACAGCAUCGACAGACUCAGGUUCUGGCACUUUGAACCGAACGGCGACGAGGCAACACCGAAAGAGAAGCACAAGGAGUUCGUCUCCAAACUCGUGACACGGUUGUUGUACGCUUGCAACUACCAACGGUCAGACUUGGAGAGACAGUACCAGGACCUGACGCAACAGCAUCAGGAGUUGGCAAAGCUCCGCCGCAUGGUGCAGAGCCACGAGGAUGCAACUCGGGCACUCAAUGCCCGAUUGCUGGACCUGGAACAGGCUGUACCAGGACCAGCUGCUGGGGCUUCCAGCAGUGCACCCUCUAGCCGCCAACUGGAGGACCGCGUUGACCACGUAGUGGCAAUGCUCAGCGACAUCAGCACUUUCGUUGCGCUGACCACCACCAUCAGCAGUCAGCUGCAUACAUUGAAGACCGAGGUCCAGCAGUUGCAGUCGACGAACGCUGACGACAAUCCGAAGAUGUACAAGAUGCCAACUUUCAAUCUGGAGAGGUUCGACGACUACACGCAGCAGGAUCCGGUCCUCAGCCACCUGGCAACCUCCCACGACGUCGACGUACCAGACUUGAAGGACAAAAUCACAUGGGAGGAGCUGACACGGCUGUGGAAGAAGCGAUUCAUCGUCGACGACGCGCCGACACUCGCCAUCAACCGUUUGUUCACCAUGUCACAGGGCAACACUGCAACACGGGAUUGGCUCACAGAGUGGCAGAAGAUUGCGACAGUGCCCAAUCUGGAUCUGCCUUUCACUCAUCUCAGACGUGAGUUCUACAACAGGUCCUGUGUUGCAUUGAGCCAGGCCCUUGGUGAUCGCGAGCAAUACUCCACUUUCACCGAGAUUAUCGACAAGGACGAGAGAGAUCAUCAAGACUUAAAGGAAGGCGAAAUCCGCAUCGCAGGCCGGAAAUGGACAGCCAGUACAAGUUCCAUGGGUCAAGUUUGGCUUGACCGAGGUGGAGUACAAGGUCCGCGGCCGCUAUGGCAGCUGCUAUUGGUGCAACAGCACCAAGCACAAGACCUCCCUGUGCCAGGAUCAGGGCAAGGAGGAUGUGCGACCCCGCCUCAGCUUGGGAAACUGAGCUCCGCGGAAGGUGAGGCGACUCCACCUUCUACUCUGCCAGAUUCGGCCGCCUUGCUAGCGGCCUCCUGCACAUCUGGGGAGAACGCGAAUGUCACAAGUUUUCGUUACACUUACGAGGACUAUGCUGUCCACUUGGUUCCACCGCUGGACCAACCACUCCACGUGCAACAAUCUACCGCAUGCACGGUUUCAUCACCAUCGGCAACCGAUUCGGCAGCUUCGCCGCCAUCUAUCGUCGGGGAUUCAUCGUCGUGGUCAAGACUUGAGGURCUCGACCCAYUGACGUWCAMGGACUUCCAGUGGAUGCCCGUUCCCCCGACCGGACGAUUGCCGAAACCGCAUUGCAAUGUGCUCAUGGCACAACUGCGAGAUUACUUGCACACUGCAGUAUCGACUCCGUUGAUGGACGCCGGAGUAGAGGUUGUCGACCUUCACGUUUACAUCACGAAGAUCGACCGCGAGUUCAAGACGCAACGGUACGACGACAUCGACGCACCAUUGCUAUACGUACGCAUUCAGAUCGGAGAGGCGACCUGCAGUGCCUUGAUCGAUUGCGGAGCAUCUCGCAACUACAUCAGCCAGGACUUCAUGGUGCGCUCCGGCCUUGACCCAUGCGUCCGGAGGAAGGCCCAGCCUACGCAAGUCACAUUGGCGGACGGUCACACGCACAAGUCAAUCGAUCGGUGCAUUGACAGCAUCCCAGUGUACUUUGCCCCUCACGCAAGUGAGGCGGUGUCCUUCGACAUUCUGGACACCAAAUUCGACAUGAUCUUGGGCAUGCCAUGGCUGCGAAGCAAGGAUCACCCGGUGAACUUCUUCAACCGCACCGUUCACGGCUGCAUUGCAACAGUGAUUGUUCGGAUCACUGGUAUCUAAGUCUUCCGUUGUGCUAUCUUAUACUUUGUAUUGAAAGGUCGGUUCUUGUUCUGGUCUGCACGUUACAGUAUGCAACAGCCUGAA